AUGGAUUUGCUCCCGACGGAGGCGCCGUUGAUCGCGCAGAGGCAUGGAUUUAGGUCUCUCAAGCUCAUCAACGUGGGCAUGGACGAGCCAUUGGCGGAGAGCCCCUUUGGGGUGCACUAUGGAGUGCUCGAGAAUGGACUAACCUACUACGUCCGCGCCAAUUCCAAGCCGCGAAUGCGCGCCGCUCUCGCCCUCGCCGUCAAGGUCGGGUACGUUCAAUUUUCCUACUUCACUCUAUCUUCACUCGAUUCUCUCGGCAGCUAGAACGGAAAUUUAUUUAGCAGCUGCCAAGAGGCUAUAAAUUGUGGAAACAGGUAGUGAAUAGUAAAUUAUAAAUUAUUUUAUCGUGGCUUGGAAGUUCUCCAUUCAUUGAAGUGUUGUGGACUCUUGUGGCACCGCGAAGUCAAACAAACCCUGAGCAAGUAUCAUGGUGAUUCCUCAAAUGCUACGAGCCGGAUUAGCCUAAAUCACCCCCCCAAUAAAUAUUGAAACAAAUGGUGCGUCAGAGCUGUGAUUGUCCAAUGAAGUCAAAAGGCGGAAACCGCUCUAAAUUCGGACGAGAGUAAAGGUUAUUUGUCAAAGCUUAAAAUCCUCUAUGACAGGAUGGUGUUAUCAGUAAUCAUUCAAGAAAGCUACGAUGAUCCGUAACACCAAGACAACUGUAUAGUCCCAUCGUCUGAUCGUGCACCAGGGUAUAAUCUGGUAUGACCUGUGCAAAGUCCUCCAAGAAUUAUUCAUGUCAUUCCAAUACAUCUGUUUUUUUCUAUCAUUCCUUAUUCUAUACCACGUUUGAAAUGUUUGCACUUCAUCUCCUGAGCCAUAACUCUGAAUCCGUUUAUGAUCCGCCUCCUAGAAAGCACUCUCCGAAGGAAAAAUAUAUCCAAGCUUCUCGGUUUUAUCUGUGGUAGACCGACGUGAAUGUAAGCUUUGCCUCAUGCUUAAUCAGAGCUGAAUUUUUUUAGCAUCCUAUGUUUCUGAUCCACUCUUUCAUUCAGUGAUUAUGAUAUUAAAACAUACUAGCUUAGUGACAUCCUUCACGAAUUACAAAUCAUUGCCUGCUAGGUGCAAACAAUAAGUUUUCACCGACUGAAUUGUCUUCUGACCAUUCCUCCUCAAUUUUAUUCACUGUAGCAUUUGCGUUGUUGUUCCCAUUCUCUAUACCAUCAGUCUCUCCUAAUUAGUUUCGAACUUGAACGAUAAUUCACAAUACUGCUGCAGUGUUGGUGCGUACAUCUAAUGGGUUCUCACAAUCCAUGUCCCACUAAUGACGUGUUAAAGGGACCAAGAACUUUUUUAGUGUUAAACCAUCUUGUAGAAUGAAUUAUAAUGGUAGUCUUUGAUUCCAUAUUUCGCCACUAAUAUUUUAUUUAAAACACUCAAUUGUGGCAGCUCAGUUUUGGAAGAGGAGGAGGAGCGUGGUGUUGCCCAUAUAGUAGAACACCUUGCCUUCAGUGCAACAAAGAAAUAUAGUAAUCAUGAUAUUGUCAAGUUCCUAGAAAGUAUUGGAGCUGAGUUUGGUGCUUGUCAAAAUGCAUUGACGUCUUCAGAUGAAACCAUAUUCGAGUUGCUUGUUCCUGUUGACAAGCCUGAACUCUUGUCUCUGGCUAUUUCAGUUUUGGCCGAGUUUAGUUCUGAGGUAGGAACACUUCUUGACAAUAUUUAUGUUGACAAUUUAUUUUUCUUUCAAGCUUCUCAUCUCUUAUAUCAUCUUUGUGUUUCAGGUUCGAGCUUCUGCAGAUGAUCUCGAAAAGGAAAGAGGGGCGGUUUUGGAAGAAUAUAGAGGGGGGAGGAAUGCCAUGGGUCGGAUGCAAGACGCUCACUGGGUUCUUCUGUUUCAAGGUUCCAAGGUAUUCUGACAUUUUACUCAACUUUUUAUUCGAUGAUUUCCCUUGUUUAUUUUUUAAGCCCAUGCAUGGAUCGCAUUAUUUAUUAGAUAUACAUUGGAAUGCCACUGGGUCCUCGUUGAGUGCUUCUGCUGUGGUACUCUUUUUACUUUUAUUCAAAUUUACAUUCUUUAUUCACGGUUGAUUAUUCAAACUUCCCGAAAGGUGUUUGAUAUGAAAAAUUGUUGUAUUCAGUUAAAAGAGAACUAUGAAUCAAAGGUUAUGAGUAUGCUGUCACAAAUAUGUUCUCUAAAUAUCCUCAUGCCCCGAAUAUUUUGUGAAAUGAUUCAUUAGUCACAUUGUUGCCUAGUAUUUAAUGCUGACUUAGAGGGGCACACACUCGCAAAAAAAAUUAAAAAUGAGUGUAGUAUCCGUCACGUAUAGACACAUGAUCCGAAGAGGUUUUGCAAUCCUCACAGAAACACAGAAAAAAUUACAAUACUUUCCAAUGCGGAAAAAAUAGACUGCGAAAAGUAUUAUGUAUGGCUCUUGACACCUCAAUUCGCAUACUGACAUGCCUCUCCAUUAUUCUAUUCUGCAUUCCGUAUCCACAGAAUAGCAUCCAAUAUCGUUCACUAAAACUUCUGAGGUAUUUCAUCUAAAUUGUCUGCUAUGCCUUUUGUAACUCAAAUCCAUCCAUUUUCACUGGGUGAAGCAUCAAGUACACUGAAUAGAAAUAAUCUACUCUCUCUGCAUAAUGAUAGAAUGGUUAGUGGCAUUGGUUACCAUAGGAAUCGUUAACUGAAACUUCCAGGAUUGACAUUAGUGAGGGAUGGACCUCAGGUACCCAAGCCUCCCCUGAAUUCUCCAGAUCCCACCUGACUUUUUAGCCAAUGUUCAGAAACUUAUGAAGGAAUUCGGUCUAGUUUUGGAUUAAUGAAGUUUUUUUCCCUACCCCACUGGGAUUCCGGACUGCAAACUUAAUUAAGUUUGUACACUGUACUGUAUGUAACAAACAUCGUGCCUUUUCUUUAUUAGUUCUGUUAGUUUUUCAUUGGAAUUCUUUUGUCAUUAUUGUAAUCCACAAUUGGGUGACAUAAUCACUUAGUUCCCUGUCACAGAUUUAUUUUUUUUGUGAAGCUUUGUCGUUUUUUCAGUGUUCUACUGUUUGUACUCUUUCUAUUAGUCACUCAUAGAAUUGGAGCUCACUGCAGUAUGCAGAACGUCUGCCAAUUGGGUUAGAAAAGGUGAUUCGUACAGUUACUGCAGAGACAGUUAGACAGUUUUAUCAGAAAUGGUAUCACUUGCAUAAUAUGGCUGUCAUUUGUGUGGGGGAUUUCGAAGAUCCACAGGUUCAAGUUUCCACAAUUUCACUUUACCUCUUUUAGUGUUAUUUUGCUUUAUUGAAUGGGGUAAAUGUUGUUCUCUUUUGUCUCUUUUGCAGGCUGUUGUUGAUUUGAUCAAGGUUCAUUUUGGUCAGAAACUCUCCUUACACAGUUCCCCUCCAGUUCUACCUGAUUUCCCUGUUCCAUCUCAUGAUGAACCACGUUUUUCCUGCUUUGUUGAGUCCGAGGCUGCUGGGGUUUGUACUUAAUCAGACCAUUUUUUAUUCCCAUGAAUAUUUGAAUUUUUUUGAUAUUGGUGCCAAAUUUGGAUUGUGCUCACGUGGGAAAUUUUCCAGAUACAUCUAUAUUAUGUGAUUAUAUGAGUACAACUACCUGUGAAAAAGAUCACUUAUGUGAUUCAUCUCUUGCUGGUGUCUGACAGUCUGCGGUGAUGAUCAGCUGCAAGAUCCCAGCAGCUGAGAUGAGAACAGUCAAAGAUUACAGGAAUUCACUCGCAGAAGCAAUGUUCCAUUGUGCCCUUAAUCAAAGGUUCUUUAAGAUAUCUCGUAGAAAAGAUCCCCCGUUCUUCUCUUGCUCUGCUGCUGCUGAUAUUCUAGUUCGUCCCGUUAAGGCCUAUAUAAUGACUUCUAGUUGUAGAGAAGGAGGAACCGUAGGGGCCCUCGAGUUUAUGCUCAUGGAGGUAAUUUUUAUUAUCCCUAUGGAGACUUUGCUUGUAAUUUUUCCUUCUCCCACGGAUACACUAUUUCCCAGGUUGCAAGGGUACGGCUCCAUGGGUUCUCAGAAAGAGAAAUAGCUGUAGUCCGUGCUCUAAUGAUGUCAGAGAUUGAGUCUGCCUACUUAGAACGUGAUCAGAUGCAGUCAACAAACCUGCGUGAUGAAUAUCUACAAGUAUGUUUAAUAAUCUAUUUUUCUUCUCUCUCUGAACUAGAGUCUGAAUGUUUUGGUCUAAUUCAUUUUACUCGAAACCAUGUCACAUGCAGAAUUUUUUGCCCUCCGUUUUUGUCAUUUUCCUGCAAUCUGUGUUAAAGUGCGAAAUCAAUAACUUCUGUAGCAAUUUCUGUCGAACCUUGGUUAUGCUUGAUCUUUAGUACUUCAUAUGCUUCAUAGAAUGAAAUAAUUAUUUGAAAAUGGAAACACCCUCGAUUCCUGUUCACUGCCGUCUUUGUAUAUUUGAUUCUAAGUAAGAUAACUGCAAUUCCAGGCCUCCUCAUCUCAACCCUGCUCACUCUGUUAAUAACAUGCACGUAUUGGAACUAGUAGGCUUUGCUUAUGUGGGAUAGGUCAUGAACCUUGUGCUUAUUUCGUGUUGUUAUAUGUUCCGGGACUCUUGGAUCAAAGAGAUCAUCAUCAGCUAUAUAUUUUUCAUCCCUCUAGGAAAUAAUUUCUGCAAAUAAAGCUGUUUGUAUUUUUGUUAUUUUAUCUCUAGGAUAAUAAUGGUAUUAAAAACUUGAGCAAUGCCAACAAGUGCGUUUCUGUUUAUACUAUUUUUUGCUUAGAAGUCAAGUAUUUUUCCAAAAAUCUUGAGAAAAAAAAUAGCACAGGACAUUCUCUUGGUCACACUGUCGCUGGGAUACCUAUUAACUGGACAUUCAAAUGUUCUUGAGUUUACUGCUCUGGUUUUACAAGAGCCAGGUUCAUGUGUUGAUAACGUUACUUUGGUUACUGAUAUUAUUUUAACUUAUCUUUGUUGAACACUGCAGCACUUUUUUCGGAAGGAGCCUGUUGUAGGGAUAGAGUAUGAAGCCCAACUGCAAAAAUCAAUCUUACCCCGUGAGUACACUUGGAAAUUUUUUGCAGACAUCUUUCCAUUAGAGGAAACUAGUUAUUGCGAUUGGAUUCUUUUCGCAUUGUAAACUUAAACGACAUAAACUUCACGCAUCUCUGAUUAAAAUUCUGGUAAGAUAUCAUGUACUUAAAUCAUAGGGGAAACUUUGUGCUCAAAUUUCGACCUAAAAGUAGUUUCCGCAUUUUUUUGUUAUGUCAUGGGGAAUAAGGUGAUUUAGGUUGAACCAGAGUCCUGGUGCUUACGAUUAAAUGAAGAGAUACAUUCUGGAUUUUUAUGUAAUAUAUUUCACGUGAUCAGAUGAUGAACGAAAGAUUCGGCCAUAUUCUGAUCUCUUUUUGAGUCAGAUUGAGGCCCAGUCAGAUGUGGUUAACCGAUUUGAUUCUACGGACAAGCUUCGAAGCAGUCUUUGCAAGACAGAUCAUGUAUGGCAAGGAAAUCUAGACCCAGUGCAUUUGUUCACAUUGCAGAGGCUUAAAAUUAGUCGGGGUUAUUUGUCAGAAAACUUUGCUCAUAUUAGGCGUUAUUACAUAUUUUUCCUGAAAUUUGUUAAUGUUUUUAAUUUAAAGACUAUCUAAUCAAUCACUUUAUUAUUGGUGGAACCCUUACACCUACCACUAUUUGUAGUGUAUCUACAAAUGCUAGCUUGUAUACAGUCAUUAAUAUUUGCACACCUAUCUUGUCGUAUUUAUGGGCAUGGAUUUAAGUUUCACCCUCCAACGAGCGUGGAUGUAGAAACCUCUUAACUUUUAUGCUUCUUGAGUUGAAAAGUAUAUUCUCGAAAGUUUUGAGGAUUAACUGCUCCUGAUCUAGUACUUGCCCAUCCAAAUCCCAGAAUUUUGACAAAGCUGCCUAAUGACCUAUUUGAUAGUCUCCUGUAUGAUCACAUCAUUCCCUCUUGUGAUUAAACCUCUUGGGGCUAUCAUCCACCGGUCAUAAUGUUACAAAGUUUCCAUAACUUGCAUAAAAGGCGUGGAAAAAAUGAUCUUCUAGUAAUUUUAAAAAUGUCAGAUGGGAAGUUUUCGUGUCUGGAUGGUAGAUGAUCUCUUUAUUGUUCAUAAAUGCUUGGCAGAUAUCUCAGCAGAAGAAGUAUCCAAAUUUGCUGUAAAUUUCUCUACAUCAUGCAGUUGUGUGAUUAAGAUAGUUGAACAUCGAGCUCGUGCAACAUUAGACGAUCUGAAAGCUUCUGUCUCAAAAGUCAAUACUUUGGAAGGAAAAAGAGGUAUUCCACCCUGGGAUGAUGAGCAUGUACCCGAGGAAAUUGUUUGCAAUAAGCCAAACCCAGGGUAUGCCUAUUUUAAUCUUAUCCGGAUGCUUGGCUCUGCAAGCACCUUAUAUUUCUGGUAUUAUUGAUUACAUGCUGCUCCCAUAUGCACAUUUCCGCCAGAUAAUAUUAAUUGACUGAUGUUUUAUUGGGUUAUUUUAUUUACUGAUUACUCUCUUGCCCUUGUGCCUGUGGUAGUUUUUAAGGCACUGGCGAUUUGACAAACUCUAUAUUCUUUCUUCACUUUAUGCAGUAUGGCCAUUGAUCUUUGAUUGUGGAUACUGUUCUGUUCACGUUUAAAGUAUAGAUAUAGUGUGAUGAUUAUUACUCGUUGGUUGAAUACAAAGGGAUUCUUAUAUAGACCCCCAGAACUAGUUGAUUUUUCAUGGCUUGAAACUUUGUUGUGUACUCUGGUUGGAUUGGAAUGGCGGUGAAAAUUAAUUUUGCAUAAAGAGUUCAUUAUUAGUAUUGUCAGAUUUGACAGGGUUACUGUGCCUUUUUUAUUUCUCUUCUCCAAUGACACAGGAUUCUCGAAAAUCCGACUUUUUGUGAUUGUUGUCAAGUAGAUGAGUGAACGAUAAUUUUUCUUUAAGAAGGCAUGUGUUUUUUAUUAUCCUCUUUUUUGUGAUUAAGUCGGUGCAUUAUUCUUUAUUAUUGAAGUGGGCCGUGACCUAAUUUUUGUUUACAUCUAGACUACUCUCAGAAGUUAGUUUCUUGGUUGUUGACAAAAUGAAUUUGGUCACAUAAUCUAUGUUCUUGUUUUGCCUUUAGCUUGAUCCGCCCGCUUUUAUUAAGAUACCAUUAUUUAUGUUGAAUCUGCUUCAUGUUUCUUUUCCUACGAUGAAAAGGCAUAAAUCUUUGCCAGAACCCGUUUCUCACUUUCCAGAGGAUGUAAAUGAUGUCACAUAAACAAAAGAUAGCAUGAAAUUAUGAAGUAGGGAAGAAAGAGUUUCGAAUUAAAAAUGGGUACAUAUGCAUCUUGGUCUUCUCAUUGCCAGUUUUAACAAGGCGAUUUGUUAGGUUUCGUAAUUGGCCUAAAUUUGAUCAUGUGUCUAAAACUGAUUCCUUUCCCUCUGAAGUCCAAUCAUGUGUCAGUUCUCUACAAUCUAUUUAACCAAUCUUCUUUUGUUUCGUUUAAACAGUGUCACUUGUUCACUAAAAUCCAAAGAGAAAGGAAUACAUAUAAAGCAUCUGUACUCUGUACAGAACUCUAUAUAAUACAUGUGAACUGUGAAUUGUAUUUUAAACGUUCAACGUUCUAACCUGCGGGGUCACAUUUGUGCCAUCAUUUGCUCCGGGCCUUGAAAAUAAAAAAGGCUCUGGCUAUUAUUAUUAAAAAAGAGAUCUUUUGAAAGAUUUCUGUAAGCCAUAGAGACAUGAUAUAUGCACAGAAAUCAGCAGCACACUUGCUGCAAUAUCAGAACAAUAUACCUGUGGAAUCGAUCAGUAAUAUAUUUUGCAAUAUGAUAAAAAUGAAUGGUAAAUGGCUCCAUAAUGAUUGUGUUUCUUGGAUCGAAACUUGUACUAUCUGUUUUCUCAUUUGGAAACUAAAUCGUCUAAAUUUUAAAAAUUGCAUAGAUUUUCUCACACUCAUCUAUGUGAAUAAAAGUUAGUGUUCUGCAAACAUCCUUCUUUGGGGCCUGUUUUUAUUGCUUUGCUAAUUGGCUGUAUAUUCCUAUCUGGGCUAUAUUUCCUUUCCUCCCUGCAUCUUUGCGUCUCUACUAAUAUUUUAGUAUAUCGCUUGAGCUUUUAAGAUGACAUCCUCGAUUUUUUAAAAAAUUUCCAUUAUUUUCAUUUUGCUAUUCCUGAAAUAUCAUGUAGUAUAUUAUCUAAUUUCCCACUGGUUUACAGAUUUAUUGUGCAGCAAUCGGAAUUUCCAAAUAUAGGGGCUACUGAACUCACGUUAUCAAAUGGAAUAAAGAUCUGCUAUAAGUGUACUGACUUUCUUGAUGAUCAGGUAAUUGUUUUUUGGUUCCAUCUGAAGAUGUAAACCAUGUUUACUUCAUGAUUCCAUGUAUGAGGGCUAAAACCUGCUUCAAAAAAAGUCUUUUGUAUGGAAAAUGUUGAGAAUUGAUCUUGAUUGAGAUUCUUGCAACCUGGAGAAUGAAAGGAGACGAUCUUCACGAACCUCCUUUUCCAGGAAGAUGAAUUAGUCACCACUUCUUGGAGCAGAGUUUCCGCAAUCCCAAAUUCUUACAUCAAUUAUUUUGGUUUCCCGCUUAAGUACAGGCAGAUGAGUUAAUGGACCAGGCCCAUUACAUUUGUCUUUAAGUGAAUCCAUUAACAGUCUAAUGGAUCCACUUAACAUAGGGAAUGACAGAGGACGAAAAUAUAGUGAAAAGAAACAGAUAGAAAUGAAAAACAAUACUAGGGAGUUCAACACCACCUCUCAAGUUGGGUAUGGAUGUUUUCCAUGCCCAACUUGGACACCAUCCUUUGAAAUACUGGUCUUGUGAGUCCUUUUGUGAAUAUGUCAACAACCUGUUAUGAUGUCCCAACAUAUAUCAGAUCUACAUCUCCUGUUUCUAUUUUUUCUUUGAUAAAAUAUGGAUUGACCUCAGUAUGUUUGAUCUUGUCAUGUUUUACAGGAUUUCGGGCAAUAGCUAUUGCUGACUUGUUGUCACAAAACAAUUUCAUAUGAUUUGACUGGUUGACUCUCAAUUCGUCCAGCAGACCUUGAAUCCAUAAGCCUUCACAUAUCCCUUUGGCCAAUGCCCUGAAUUCUUCUUCAGCACUAGAUCGUGCAACUACUUCUUGCUUCUUGCUUCUCCAGGUCACAAGAUUUCCACAAACAAAUGUAUAGUUUUGUGCAACAAAUGUAUAAUAACCCGAUGUUGAUAUGCGAUCUAUAACAGACCCUACAUAAGCAGCAUUGGUAUAGUUUUCAACAUAUUGAUCCCCUCUUUUUUUGAAUAGAAUGUCCUAUCCCGUUGUUGUCUUUAAAUAUGCCAACAUCCAAUAUGUUGCAUGUAGGUGUAUCUCCCUUGGAUCAUUCAUAUGCUGACUGAGUACAUUCACUACAAAUGUUAUAUCCGAAUGGGUAUGAUUUAAAUAUAUCAACCUCCCAAUCAACUGUUGUUAUGAGCUUCUGUCCACUUGAUUAGAGUCUUUACCUUCUCCCAAACUUAGGUUGGGAUCAAGUAGAUUGUCAGCAGAUGUACACUCUAAAUUUCCAGUCUCUUGAAGUAAAUCAAGAAUACACGUGUUGUGAAAGAAAUACAUUUUCUUUUGAAUAUGCAACGUCAAUUCCCAAGAAAUAUUUUAAUCUUCUUAGGGAUUUGAUAUCAAAUUCCCUAGAUACAUUUUGGCCAAAGCAUUUAAUCUCCUCAGUAUCAUCUCAUGUUAUGAUGAUAUCAUCUACAUACACCAUUAAAGCUGUAACCUUGUUUGGGUCACCAUGCUUAAUAAAGAGAGUGUGAUCCUCAUUGCUUUGUAUGUACCCAAAUCCUUUCAUAGCUUGAGUGAAUCUCUCAAACCAGGCUCGGGGUGAUUGUUUUAAGUCAUAUAGAGAUUUCUUCAACAUGCAAAUAACAUUAUUUUGAUGAAUAAAUGUGUAACCUGGAGGUACAUUCAUAUACACUUCUUCCUCUAAAUUUCCGUGAAUAAAUACAUUCUUCAUAUCAAAUUGAUGUAGUUCCCAUCCUAGAUUUACUGCCAAUGCUAUAAGUAUCCGGACGGUAUUCAGUUUUGCAACAUGAGCAAAUGUCACAAAAUAAUCAAUUCCAUGAGAUUGUGAAUAGCCUUUGGCCACCAACUUUGUCUUGUAUCUUUCCAAUGUUCCAUCAGCUUUAUACUGAGUCUAUACCCACUUGCAGCCAACCACCUUUUUCCUGAAGGCAAAAGGACUAAAUCUCAUGUACAGUUCUUCUCUAGUGCAUCAAUCUCUUCAUCUAUGGGAUGACUUCAUUCUUUGUGUGACAGGGCUUCUUCUACUGUCUUAGGGAUAAUAAUUGUCUUCAGGUUCAUAAGAAAAGCCUUGUACAAUGGUGUUAACCUAUCAUACGAUAGAUAGUUGACCAUAGGAUAGAGUGGUUUAUUUAUACAACUUCUCUUUCCUUUGCGUAGAGCAAUGGGUCAUUCUAGUUGCUCUUCAUCAAUGGUUUCAGUGAAGUGAUUGUCCUCUUCUUGAUCGGUACUAUCAAUUUGAGAUGUGUCUCUUGUACUUGGACUAGUUUCUUCUGUUGGUUCUCUCUGCAGUACAGGUAAAUCAUUCACCUCAGUUGGUAUAUUUUGUGUCUUCACUCUAGGUCAUCUUUUAUACACUUGUAUUUCUUUGAUUCUAAGAAUGGGUCUCCUGAAUCAUGAAUUCAUUUAUGUCCUGUAACUCAGUGGCACCAAUCGAGUUCUCUAACUCUUGUGGAUUUUUCACCCCAUAAUAUGGUUCUAACUCAUUAAAAGUAGGAUUAUAACAUAACCCUUUCACAUAGUUGAGUACCCAGUAAAUAUGUAUUUUAUAGGUCAUGGAUUAAGUUUUCUUACUAUGCCUUGAGGAUGAACAUAAACAGUACAUCCAAAUACCCUUGGACGAAGAUGAGUCUUUAGUUUCACAUGAGGAUAUAAUUUGGCCAACAGUUCCAUAGGACUUUGAUAUUCUAGUAUUUUUGCUGGAAUCCUAUUAAUAAGAUGAGUACUAAUGAGGACAGCGUCACCCCAAUAUUGCCUUGGAACUUUUUGUUGAAACAAAAGCGCUCUAGCUGUAUCUAAUAAGUGUCCAAUUUUUCUCUCAACCAUCCCAUUUUGUUGGGGUGUAUUGACACAAGAUGACUCAUGAAUUAUCCCUCUCUGAUCAAAGUAAGAGGACACAACCGAAUUAAACUAGUCUCUAGCAUUAUAUGAUCUAAACCUCUUGACAACAGUUCCGCAUUGAUUAUAGAUCAUUUCACAAAAAGAUUUCACCACUUGGGUGGCAUCUGAUUUGAUUUUAGGAGGUAAAUCUAAGUAAACCUGGUACAAUCAUCAAUAAACAAGAUAAACCACCUGCAUCUAGACAAGCUAGUCAUAGGAGCUGGCCCUCAUAAAUCAAUAUGUAUACGAUAUAAAGGGAUUGUACUAUGUUCACCCUCAUUUUCAAAUGAGGAGCAUUUGUGUUUGGCCAAUUGACAAGCGUCACACUAGAAUUUUUACAUCACGACCUUCAAACACUGAAGGAAACCAUUUUUUUAAGAGAUCAAAAUAAGGAUGUCCAACACGGGAAUGUUGUAACAGUAUACUACUCUUUUUGUGUUCACUGACUCCACUCCAAGGUGACUGUUGUACAGACAUCGUUGCACAAUCAUCCUCUUCCUAGUAGAGCAAGCCUCCUCCUUCCUUAACAUGUUCAAUCUUCAACCUUGAGACCUUGUCACAAAAUGAACAUCUAUUGUCCUCAACAAUGAAAUGACAAUUAAUAUCUUUGACGAGUUCCUGCGGUGAAAUCAAAUGAGCCUUUAGUUUAGGCACAUGUAAAGCAUUUCUUAAAGUGCCUAAUGAUUUAUUUUUUAAGUUCCCAAUCCCUUCAACUAAUAGAAUCUCCCCACCAGCACUAAUAACUUUUCUCUGCCCAUCACAUUUCGUAUAAUCAACAAAUUUGCACAUAUUUGAGAUCAUAUGGUUUGUGGCGCCAAAGUCAAGUAUCUAAGACAAUUUAGAAAAAUUGUUGAAUGCAUAUGAUUUUGAGAAAAGUUUAUUCUCACUUGACUGACCCAAGGACAUAUUCUUGAGUUUCUCUACUUCCUCUCUCAGUCUUUUAAAUUCAUCACCCUUCUGUUGAUUACGAGGAUUGGAAGGUUCCUUCAUCACAGAUUGACCUUCUAUAGUCUCUGCUGGUUGAGAAGUAGCCACAUAAGCCCUCACUUGUUGAGGUGGUCGUUCAUAUAGCUUCCAGCAGUUUUCUCUUGUAUGCCGCUUCUUCUUGCAAUAUGAACACCAAAGGUUUUCUUUGUUAUCUCACUCUUGGUAUCUUCCUUGUGAUGCAGUGAUUAUGUUUUGAUUUCCCUCCUUUUUCUCUAAUUGAUUCCCCUGAUCUUGCUUGCUGGAGGCAAAGGUUGAUGGCUCAUUCUUCCCUAGUAUUGAUUAAACUCAAUCUACUCUCCUCUUCCAUAACAAUCUGGAUAGUUUCAUCCAGAUCAGGUACCUUCUCACGAUGUAGAAUUUGACCCUUUAGGCUUUUAUAAUCAUAGUUUAGUCCCACUAGAAAUGUAUACAUUGUGUUUUAAUGUUUGCAUGUGCUCCUUAGAACUAGGAUUCUUUACUGGCCAAUAAUGGUCAAUCUCCCUCCAUAUAGUCUUUAAUUCACAUAAAUAUUUUAUAAUUGAUUUACUUCCUUGCACUAAAUGUGUUGUCUUAGACACCAGGCUAAAUCCUUCAAUCGUUGUGUUUCUUUGAACAACUUUUGUGAAUUUGAUCCCUCAAUUUCUUCACCGAGUGUAUGAAUAAGAAAUUCUCAUACAUCUUUUGUGCCAUUGUACUUCAACCAUAUAUGGAUAAUAACCUCGUCUGAUCUCCAUCCUCUAUAAUUUAGAUCUGAUUUUUUUAAUGGUUCUUCUAUAAGGUGAUCUAUUAAGCCUCUUUCAAGAAGUGUCAGAUCAACAAAUUGCUCCUAUUAAUGAAGAUUUAUCUUAUUCAAUUAAAUUUCUCUGGGAUAUUUGGGAAAGUAUGACAUAGUCUCUCCCUUUCUUCAGUUGUCGCUAGAGAUGAUACGAGUUCUAUAGAUGAUGAAGAGCCUUCCCCUGAAUGCAUUUUGAAAGUCUUUUUCCUUCAUACUUUUCAGAAUGUCUCAGUUCACUACGUGCAGAGGGUUUCUUUCUUCCUUUGUGUUGCUCCAACACAGAAACAAGAAAAACAAGAUUCAAGAAACAAGAGACAAGUAUCUGAUCUUACCAGAAUCAGCACCGCUCUGAUACCAUGUUGAGAAUUGAUCUUGAUUGAGAUUCUUGCAACUUGGAGAAUGAAAGGAGUCGAUCUUCACGAUCUUCCUCUUCCAAGAAGAUGAAUCAGUCACCACUUCUUGGAGCAGAGUUUCCGUAAUCCCAAAUUCUUACAACAUUAUCUUGGUUUCCUGCUUAAGUACAGGUUACAUGAGUCAAUGGGCCAAGCCCAUUACAUUUGUCGUUAAGUGGAUCCAUUAACAGUCUAAUGGAUCCACUUAACGUAGGGAAUGACAGAGAAGGACGAAAAUAUAGUGAAAAGAAACAGAUAGAAAUGAAAAACAAUCCUAGAGAGUUUAACAGAAAACACUGUUGGUGUUUGGAUGUACAUGUUAGGACUGAUCUCAAUUUUCUGCUUUAUGAAUCUAGUUGGGUAUUCUUGGCACCAGGAUGCCAUUCUCCUGCCGUUGUUCAAAGCUAUGCUUUGCUUCUUAUUUUUUUGAGCUUUAUCAAAGCGUUGAACUGGUUUUAUGCCAAUUAUUUAUUGCCUUGACCGGUUAGAUUACGAUAUUCUGUCCUUAUCAGAAGUGUCAGUAAUACUUGUUCGUUAAACGUCAAAGGACAACGCUCAUGUAAGCUUUUAUUGAGCUCUUAAUAUACCCGAUAUGCAGUUAUUUUGUGCUAUACCGGGAUAGUGAAGGCCAGAUUAACUGAAACAACCCUAAAUGAAAAGUGAGGUCAUUUCUCAUUGAAUUGAACCCCUCUGAAUUACUAUCUAAAGUAAAAAAAAAUUUAUCUCGAAGGCUAAGUAAAAACAUAGAAAAUUUCUAAAAUUUCAAGAACUAGAUUCACUGACGGAAAUAUGCAUAUGACGAAAUGAAUCUAUAAUUCAUUUGAAUAAUUCAUAAUAACUUUCAUUUGAAUUUUAACUUUUUUCUGAUGAUCCCCUGCUUUGUUCCAUCAUAGACUACCCUGUCAAAACAUUUGGGUUAUGCUUGUGAUGUUUGCCAACUUGAAGUGUAUAAGUUGAGAUACCACCGAUUCAGCCAUGCUGCAAUGAAAUGCAUUAUUUAUUCGUUGAUCAUCCGUUGCGAUCAUCAUAAGAUUCUCACCUGUGUGUGAGUAAAAUACCAUAUAACGAAACUAUUGGAUCGGCUGGAAUAUCUGAGUCUUAAAUCUCGAUGACUGUUCUUUUUCACUGCUUCAUUGUUCUAAUUUGACUGCUAUCCUUUACAUUGACUGGCUUGUUUUAACUUAAUUCCCUGACAUUUCUAUGUGAAGUUAUUUUUUUUUUGUUCCAAGAUAAUGAACCCAUUUUAGUUUAUGGCUGAUGUAUUUGACAGGUAGUUUUCACUGGUUUUUCCUACGGUGGAUUAUCAGAACUUUCAGAAAGUGACUAUGUUUCGUGUUCAAUGGGACCCACUAUUGCUGGAGAAAUAGGGGUCUUCGGUUACAAGCCUUCUGUGCUUAUGGAUAUGCUUGCUGGUAAGAGAGCUGAAGUUGGUACAAAAGUCGGAGCAUACAUGAGAACAUUUUAUGGUGAUUGCUCACCAUCGGAUCUUGAAACUGCGUUACAGGUUUAUAUGCUCAACUCCGUCUGCUUGAUGACUUUACUGUCUCAGAUUCUGUCUUCUGAAUAUUGAUCACUUAACUACUUGCUGAACUUGCAGAUUGUUUAUUUCAUCGAUCAAAUGGACAAAUCAUGUGUUUUUUUUCAUUAUGUAAAAUUUCCUAGGGAUGAGAUGAAGAUCCGUCUUUGUUCUGUUGAGUUUCUUCAUAAUUAAACAUUCGUAUAUAUUUUGACGUUAAGAAGUGCUGGCCUACUUUGGAUCUGGAAGAGACUUCUGUCUUUCUAUUCAGUUUUCCCGUUGCAUUAUCCUGUGUGAAUUCAAUGUUUUUGCUAACCAGAGGUAUCUUUAACACUAACAUUUAGCUUAUAAACGUGAAUUUUGUUUCCUUGUUGUAAGAAAUUACCUGCGUAUGAGAUCGUGCUGUUUGAUAUUUCUAGAAACAAACCAUUGCAUUACCUUUCAAUUAGAUUAACACAAUAGUUUACAGGACAAACUUUUGGCCACUUCUUGUGUUUGAGUUAAUUGUGUGUGAUUCUACCUCUAUUCUUCAUUUAUGGCCUCUUCUAAUCCAGUUUAUUGUGCAAGCUCUCUGCAGCUGGUCUACCAACUUUUUACUACUAGUGUUAAGCCAGGUAAUGAAGAAGUAAAAAUUGUAAUGCAAAUGACAGAAGAGGCAAUUCUUGCACAAGAGAGAGAUCCAUACACAGCCUUUGCCAACCGUGUACGAGAGUUGAACUAUGGGAAUUCCUAUUUCUUCCGGGUAUCCCUCUCUUCAGACCUCACAUUUUUUUGCAUUUUUUUCAACCUCUCAAUUUUUUUAAUUUAUUGGUGACUUAUAAAUCGGAUCGUUAUGCAGCCAAUCCGAAUUUGUGAUCUUAAGAAGGUGGACCCUAUUAAAGCAUGUGAAUAUUUCAACAAUUGUUUCAAGGAUCCCUCAAAUUUUACUGUGGUCCUUGUGGGGAAUAUACAUACAGAAACAGCUCUUCCUUUAAUUUUGCAGUAUUUGGUGAGUUCACUUCCAUCAUGAUAAAUAUAAAACUGAAAUGGCCAUUUUUUUGUGGAAUACUAAUAUCUUAUAUUUUCAGGGAGGGAUACCCAAACCGUCCAAACCUAUUUUGCAUUGUAACCGUGAUGAAUUGAAAGGCCUGCCGUUCACAUUCCCAGCUAAAGUAAUUCGGCAAGUGCUUCCGUAGACCACUUUUUGUUGAUAGAAAACAAUUGAUAUAUCGUCUCACUUUCUCUUUUGUAUUUAUCUCUGCUUGUUUUCCUGUGAUAAUCAGUCUAGAUCACCCUAAUAAGUUGAAUUUCACGCGUAUAGGGAAGUGGUUCGUAGCCCCAUGGUGGAAGAACAGUGCUCUGUUCAGCUAGCAUUUCCAGUGUUGCUCAACAAUUCCUCCAUGGUGGGACAGAUUCUUGGUUCUUUUUCUUUUGCCUGAAAGACUUCGAGUCUUUACAUUUUUCUGAUUGAUGAUCUGAAAUUGAGUUCGAGGGAGUAUUUCUUUACUCUUUGCCUGAUUUUUGCUCUUUCUUCUUUCAAGAUGGAGGAAAUUCACUUCGUUGGAUUCUUGAGCAAGAUUCUUGAAACAAAAAUUAUGCAGGUUCUGAGAUUCAAACAUGGGCAGGUAUUCCGUUACGACAUAAUAAUUUGGUGCAUCUGACAUAGGUCUAAUGUGCUCAUCCCGUGCCUUUUCCUUGCAGAUUUACUCUGUAGGUGUAUCAGUCUUCCUUGGUGGUAAUAAACCGUCAAGGACUGGAGAUGUACGCGGUGAUAUAAGUGUGAACUUUUCAUGUGAUCCGGCUAUCUCAUGGAAGCUUGUAUGUGCUUCAUUCUGCAGGAAGACCUAUGACAAUAUUAAAAAAAAGUCUAGAAAUGCCAUAUUGGAAAGUUUACUGUGGUUUCUCCUCUUUAAAUCCACUUCUAAGGAAAGAGCCUUCUACAGGUUGAUCUCGCUCUGGAUGAGAUAUUACACAUUCAAGAGCGUGGCACGUCUGAUCAGGAUGUCCUGAGCGUUCUUGAAAUUGAACAACGUGCUCAUGAAAAUGGUUUACAGGUUCUGUUGUACAUAUGUCAAAUUGUUAACAUUUAGGCUGCUUGAAUCCCCCGAGUUUUUUUUUUCAAACUCCGUAAAAGUGCCAUUUGAUUUCAGGAAAAUUAUUAUUGGAUGGACCGCAUUCUGCGUAGCUACCAGUCAAGAUCAUAUUUUGGUGAUGUUAGUGCAUCUUUUCAGGUAGUCCAUCUCCUUCUCAUUAGUUAUUGCUUUUUUCAGCUUUCUUUCUGGGUUGCUACUCAUGUCUGCGGCAUUCAAAAUUGGCUUUUUGCGUUUAUAGUUUGUGUCUACCGUUGACUCAAAUGGCAUUUUGUCACCCUCGCUUAUUUAGAUUGAAUUCUCUAUUUUCAAGCACCAGGUCUCGUUGUGAGGCAUAUAUCAGUAGCUUCUGCAUCGUAUCGUUGCUAUUCCAUUCCUGGUUGAAUCUCUGCGUAAUCCACUACCAUCUGAUUUCUGGGCAAGGCUCAAAGGUUUCUUUAGGGACCCAUGAGACUCUUAACACCCUUCCCUCCCUGAAAAAGGUAGCAAAAGAACUUGAUCUCGAUGGUUACUGUCAUACCAUCAGGUGUUUGUUGGCACCCAACACGAGCCUGCUGUUUGGCAAGGCCUGCUGUGAUCAAUGGGAGGCCGGUAUGGCGGAGGAUCAUAUGGAGAAAGGUUAAAUGACUGCCUUGUGCGGGGAAACACAGUGGACGGAGCAUGUUCAGUGGAGGGAUAAGAUGGUGCCUUCUUUCCAAUGUGUCUAGAAAGCCUCUCAGUCGUCAUCUGGUGAAUUCUUGAGACUUACGGCUGGGUGCUGGUGACGGUUGAGCAGGUUCGUUGAACGACUAGACUGGAGCCGGCAUUCUCUCGGAAGGAUUCUGGUUAUUUAGUUCGAAUAUCUCCUCUUAAUCUGUAAAACGGCUGAGGAACUGGAAUUCCUAGACCAUGUUAGCAAACGGUGAGAGGAAAGGCCUGCGCUGUUGAACACGAUUGUUAUUCUGCGACAGAAAUGAACCAUGAAAGGAGAAAGUAGUGAGGAGAUGGCUGGUCUAUGCUAUUCUCCAGGAGAAAAUGAAUUCUGGAACUGGUGGAGCCAAGCGAUGUCGAGGAGAUGAUUCUUAUUGUUGCAGAAUGCAGGAAGGGAAUUCGGAUGGGAAAUUUAGGAGCUGUUCUUGUUGUAAGGAUAGUCUUACCCAAUUGCCCCGAGAAGCUUAGCCCGAUGCUUAUCCGGGAUGUACUUUGCGGACAUCUGGCCUGGCAGCCCUAGAGAAACAAUGUACUGAGCCCUUACCCCUCGCGCGAGGGCCGCUGCUCCACCUGGUUGGACCAUUUUUUUCCCUCUGUUUGGAGGAAACAGGAAGCCAGAAUAUGAUAUAUAAUGCAUCUGCAGAUCUGUGGUCCCUUUUAUUGCAUUAUGUGUCGGUAACUCUUAAUGGAAAGGGCAACUCUUGUCUCACGUGUCCAGAGUAAAGACGUGGCUUUUCUUCACUUCAUUGUGUUCUUGGAAGGGAACUAGCUGUGGCCGAGAUUAUGCUUCUUUCCAUUUCUGCCCCGAGAAAUUUCUCCUCCAGCUCUUGCUCCUUCCAAAUGCAGGUUCAAGACGAAGGACGCACUAAGGUUAGAGAAUCCCUGACACCAGCGACGGCCCAGUCGGCGCUGCGAAGGAUUUUGCCUUUCCCGUGCAAGAAUCAGUACACUGUCGUGGUCCUCGUGCCUCAGAUUUCCUGGUUGAAGGCGUUCAAGUCGCUCUUCCCCUCGAGGUUGAAAGAUCUCAGCCGGGAUGCCAAGGUGGGAUUCAACCUCCAUUUUCCCAUCUUCAAGCUCUCCGAUCGAAUCUGCAAUGACCAGGGUUUAAUUUCAGUUUCCCCUCUACAUCCCUCCUAAACAAUCAUCUGAUGGUCCGCAGGUUCUGGCGGGCGCUGCAGGCGCAGCGGUUCUUGCGAUCACCCUGUGGAGACACCUCAGGCGGUCCCCAGGCAGGUAG